AUGCUACACCGCUCAGCCCUGGAAGAUGAAGCCAGACCGUUCCACACCAGGCAACCCUCGGGCCCGCUCACAGAAGCGCCUUUGGCACCUCUUUCCAGCCGGCCCUCCUCUCGAUCAUCCAGGCCUAGCUCUCGCAAUCGAAUGGCCAAGUCUGGAGCCGUGACCCCCACGGGGCUAGGGGUGGUCACAGAGAACGGCCCCGAACUUCAUCCUGAGAGUCUCAAAAUGUCUAGCCCUAUCAAAGAAGGGUUAGGUAGCUUGAACCGUUGGUCUCAGUCAACAACCUCGAGCAAAAGCCCUUCUGAAUACACAGGCCACCGCCGAGGCAGCUCCAAAAUGUCUAUAUCAGGUCAUAGUCCUCACAGGGCCCGAGGGCUAGGCGAAUUGCCCGAGUUGGACCUUCCCGAAUUCAAGACAUCUGAUAUCUUUUCCACCGAUUCUACCGCCUCUCAACUUGAUUUCUCGUACAAUGCCUCUGGCCAUAUUUUCCAAAAUUCAGCAAAUGAUCUGAAGGAAAACGCACGGUCCUAUCAACCAGACUAUAUGACCGCUCAUGCUAGUGAAGGCGCGUCUUCUUCGGUAGACGGAGAAGGCGAGGCAGACCGACAGCAUGGCCAAACCCAAAAAGCAAUGCUUUCGAAGGCCCUGCAAAAGGCAAACACAGCAGUUCUUCUUGAUAACGCUGCUAACUUUGAAGGCGCUAUGGAAGCUUACACCGAUGCAUGCCAGUUACUGCAGCUGGUAAUGCUUCGUAGUAACGGAGGCGAUGAAGAAAAGCUCAAACUACAAGAGAUUCGCGAUACCUAUAUGAUCAGAAUCACCGAGCUUCAGCGUAUGGACUUUCCACUCCCAGACAAUGCCGAUAAAGCUCUACCUGAGCGCCCUAUUAGUCAAGAAUCAUACGAUCGACUCCCCCCGAACGGAUCCAACACCACGUAUAAUGGGCAGUACUUGGACACAUCUGCUCAAGAGAUCAAUGAAUCAACAUCUUGGCUGGACACAAUUGAUGAGUCUGGCGCAUCCUCGCCAUCAUCGGCGCAUUCGAAGGCCUCUUCAGUGUAUCUGCGCCAGCGCACAAGCCGUCGCAUUAGCACUGAUACGGAAGCCGAAUUUGACGCGGCACUUGAUGCAGCCGUGGAAGCUGCGUACGACGAGGGCCUUGAGCCCGUCUUUGAGUGCCACGAAGACCACAAUGAUGAUGUCGUGGCCAAUGCUCGCCGGAAUAUCGAGCUGGCGAAGCAGCGGGUGCGGGAAGCAGAACUUGAAGCCGAAGUCGCAAUGAAUCGUGGCCGUGAAAUGCGCCGCAUUCAGGAACAAAACAUGGAGCAGGACCUAGAGCCCCACCGUGAUUCGGAUUAUCUCGACGAGGAGGCAGAAGAGGAAGAGCGUCUUCUCGAAGAGAUGACGAAGGGCUAUGUUAUGGACGAUUUCGAGUUUGGUAUCCAAUCCAAGUCUGCUCUGCCUCGGGAAUCUGACUCAAGCAACAUAUCGGGAAGGACGUGGGAAAGCUCAGCGGCGUCUAAUAUCACAAGCAUUGGGGCGACUCUUUCCACUCUCACCGAGGACGAUGACAUCCUACCACCUGGUCAAAGACCAGACAGAAUUGGUCUCCCAUCAUCUCCGCCUUCCGUGGCAUUGCCUCCAAUUCCGUUAUCGUCAGAUUUCCCGGCUCUGCCCGCUCAGAGGUUUUCUUUAACAAACCCCCCCUCCUCCCAUUAUGGGUCCGCCUCCCGUCCCUGGUACUCGAGUGCUUCGGGAUUGUCCUUCUCAACUCCUUCGGCAAGCCGGCCGCCACCACCUCUUCCCAAAGACGAUGUGUCCUCUGACGCCCCCAAGACUUCUAUGACCGGCACCAGAUCCAGCUCCAGCUUGCAUCCUUCCAAACGCAAUCCGUCAGUGAGCUCGUUUGUAGACCAAGCCAACCUCGCCAAAGCCCGAACCCACGAGGAUGACGAGCUCGGGCUUCCACCUCUGCCUUUAUCCGCACGACCCAUUGGCAAGGUCCCCUCGGCCCCAGAUGGUUUGGACAAGAUCAAUUCCGAUUUUAACGCUUUCAGAAACCGCAAUGUGUCUGUUUCCAACCCUGAGACAGCAACAGCACCAGCACCCGGCUCUCCAACAACCCCGUGGAGUGGUUCGUUCCCGGGCCUGGAUACUCAAAAGGCCACCAUGGCAGGGAGUAUCCCUGUCAUGCCUACCCCCACUGUUGCCUACUUCACGCAAAAUGGCGCCUUAGGCCGCCCGAAUUCGCUAGUCGCUAAUGCGCCGCUACCGUUAGAGCCGUGUCCGGAGUCUUUCCUUCUGCGCCCAUUCUGGCUCAUGCGAUGUCUGUAUCAAACACUCGCUCACCCCCAUGGCGGGUAUCUGUCCGCGAAGCUAUUCGUUCCUCGGGACGCGUGGCGUGUGAAGAACAUCAAGAUCAAAUGUCUCGAGGACAAAGUGUCCAACUGCGAUCUUCUUACGGCGGCUCUCUUGAAACUAGCUCGAGUUGAUACAUAUGACGCAGACGCCGUUUUGGAAGAAAUGCAGUCUUUAGAGUCUGUUCUUGACCAGGUCCAAACCGCCCUGUCCAAGAAGCUGGGCCAUGAGGUCGGAGUUCACACAUCUAUGCCUCUCUUUCGGUCGAAUCCUCUAUCGGAUGAUGGGGCCCACCCUGAUCCUCCCCCUUCCAGGACCUCUGGAACUUCUAACAAAUCAUACCUCCCGACUUGGAAGCGAUUGCGAGCGAAGACUUCUGGUAAUAGUGCCACUCCGUCUGCUACUCCAAGCGCCCGUGAGAGCAACAAAGACAGUUUCCUCUCAAAUUCUCUUCCUAUGGCACCGGGCCCUACACCGCAUGCGAAGCGUAACGUGACGCAGCUCGAGUUCUCGGGCCCGAGUGCCAAUUACAUGGGAGCCCUGGCACGUCUCUUCGACGCUGCUCAAAUCAAAUCGCUCAGCAAGUCGAAGAUCCUGGACUCAAACAUUCAUCCUCCACCCACGUUGGUCUCAGAGCUCAGUACGCGACACGCCGCCGAGUUCUUCGGUUUCUACGUAUGCCGUUUCGCUCUGGCCGAUUUGGGUAUGAUGCUUGAUAAGUAUAUUAAGCGAGGUAGUGAGCAUGUGUUGAUCUAA